AUGUUCAAGACCGCUGUCCAGACAGCGCUGUUGUUUGCGCAACUUGCAGUAGCCCUCACACCUGCUGAAUGGCGCAGCCAAUCUAUCUACUUUCUCUUGACUGAUAGAUUUGGCCGAACCGAUAAUUCAACUACUGCUGCAUGCGAUGUCUCAGACCGAAUAUAUUGCGGUGGCAGUUGGCAAGGAAUCAUUAAUCACUUGGAUUAUAUCCAGGGCAUGGGAUUCACAGCUAUCUGGAUCACACCUGUUACGGAGCAACUCCCGCAGGAUACCGGAGAUGGAGAAGCAUAUCAUGGAUAUUGGCAGCAGGAGAUUUACGAAGUCAAUGCCAACUUAGGUACUGCAGAUGAUAUUCUGGCAUUAUCAGAGGCUUUGCACGCUCGAGGGAUGUACCUCAUGGUGGAUGUUGUUGCAAAUCAUAUGGGAUAUGAUGGAGCUGGCAAUACUGUCGACUACAGUGUCUUUAAUCCAUUCGAUUCCUCAUCUUAUUUCCACUCCUAUUGUCUGAUCAGCAACUAUGACAACCAGACAAACGUUGAAGAUUGUUGGCUUGGUGAUACUACUGUGUCCCUCCCCGAUCUUGACACAACUCUGUCAUCCGUCCAGACAAUAUGGUAUGAUUGGGUGGCGAGUUUGAUCUCUAAUUAUUCCAUUGAUGGACUGCGCAUUGAUACUGUGAAGCAUGUUCAAGAGUCAUUCUGGCCCGGCUACAAUGAUGCUGCAGGCGUCUACUGUGUCGGUGAAGUCCUAGAUGGGGACCCAGCAUACACCUGCCCUUACCAAGACUACUUGGAUGGAGUAUUGAAUUAUCCAAUCUACUAUCAGCUACUAUACGCUUUCGAAUCCUCAAGUGGUAGCAUCAGCGAUCUAUACAACAUGAUCGAAUCGGUGGCCUCAGACUGUGCCGAUCCCACGCUUCUUGGCAACUUCAUUGAGAAUCAUGAUAAUCCACGAUUUGCCUACUACACUGAUGACUACUCUCAGGCCAAGAAUGUCAUCUCAUUUGUCUUCCUAUCAGAUGGUAUUCCAAUUAUCUACGCAGGCCAAGAGCAACACUAUAGCGGAGGCAAUGAUCCUGAUAACAGAGAGGCAACAUGGCUCUCUGGAUACUCUACAACCGCCGAGCUGUACGAGUACAUUGCCACCACUAACAAGAUUCGCAAGCUUGCUAUAUCUUCCGACUCGUCUUAUAUCACUACUCAGAAUGUCCCAUUUUAUCAGGAUAGUCAUACUUUGGCCAUGAAGAAAGGAGCCAGCGGCUCACAAGUUAUCACCGUUCUCUCUAACUACGGUGCUAGUGGCAGCUCGUAUACAUUAACACUUACCGGCAGUGGAUAUUCUUCAGGUGUCCAGCUACUGGAGGUAUACACCUGUACAUCUAUAACAGUUGAUUCUAGUGGUGACAUAGCUGUACCAAUGGCAUCUGGUCUUCCUCGUGUUCUCAUGCUGGCUUCAUCUGCAUCCGCCUUCUGUGGUGGUUCCGCAACCGCAACAACCACAGCAACGACCACAUCCACAACCACCAAGUCCUCCACCUCAACCAGUAUUACUUGCUCUCAGGCAACAGCUCUCCCAGUCAGAUUUGAAGAAGUCGUCACUACCACCUAUGGGGAGAAUGUCUAUAUCUCCGGCUCAAUUAGUGCGCUAGGUGACUGGGACACUGAUGAUGCCAUCGCUCUUUCUGCAGUCGACUACACAUCUUCAGAUCCGCUAUGGUAUGUUGUUGUCACACUGCCAGUGGGAACCUCAUUUGAAUACAAGUUUAUCGAAAAGACGGACGGUUCCUCGUCAGUAGAAUGGGAAAGCGAUCCAAACAGAUCGUACACUGUUCCAACAGGGUGUGCAGGGACGACAGCAACUGUGACGGCGAGUUGGAGAUAG